UCCAUCAGUUAUCAUGUCUGAAUAUGAUCGUGUUAUAACAACAAAAUUAAAAAUAAAGGGACAUAAAAGGAAGCGAAAGCAAAAAUUAUCAGAGAAUAAGAAACCUGAAGAGGAUCCUAUUGAUGAAGAAAUCAAGAAAUAUGAUGGCUGGGCUCAAAUCAAUAUAUUUGAAGAUAUACCAGGUUCAGUAGCUCUAGAAAUUUUUCCAAAGACAUAUGUAUCAUGUCUCACUACUGGAUUAUUUGGUUUGGGGAUCACUCACCCUGAUGGUGAGGGACCUUUUCCUGAAGAAAUAUUUCUAGCCACCAGGAUAUCUGACAGUAAAUUAGCUCUCAAAACAGGAUUUGGUAAAUAUUUGGGUAUUGAUCGAACUGGCAAUUUAAUUGGGCGGGCUGAUGCAAUUUCUACCCUUGAACAAUGGGAACCUGUAUUUGAAGAAGGUAAAAUGGCUCUUCUGGCAGCUAAUAAUUGUUUCCUAUCCUGUGCUGAUGAAGAACAAGAGAUUUUUAAGUGCCUUAAUUCCAAAGCUGGACCCAGUGAAAUGAUGAAACUGAGAUCAAACUUUGUUAAAAAGGAAGAGAACUUGAUCCCCAAGGAGGAGCAGGGCCGUGCCAAGGAUAUAGAAUUGAACUACGUGCAAAAGUUCCAAAGUUUUCAAGACAGAAAACUGAGAAUAUCUAAGGAAGACGUUAAGCAAAUUAAACUGGCCAAAACGCAGGGCACCAUGCACGAAACAUUAUUGGAUAGACGAGAACGAAUGAAAGCUGACAGAUAUUGCAAAUGAAGAAUUCUAUUUAUUUGUAUAUGAAAAUGACUUAAUAAUUGUAUAAUAUUAUGUAAAUUUUUUUAUUUACCACUUAUUAUUAUAUGUAAAUAAAUUAUUAAUAUAUUGAUAACCGCAUUGGAAAUGGGGCAUUUA